AUGUCUAUUUCUAUCAUGGCGUUCGGUGCUAUGUGGGGUUUAGUGACAUGUCAUUCAUGCGGCACACGUGGAAUGCGUGUAUCACUUCCCACUCGAGGGAUGCUCAAGCUUCUCAGCCAGUCCAUAUCUAGAAACAUCGAACGCCUAAGCUAUGCUCAACGAUUGCAUACUCGGAAACUUAUAAACACAAUGACUUUAGAGAACCAUCCCACGGGUUACAUCAUAUCGGACUUCGACGGUUUGCUCAGUUUGCUUGAUGCUGACUUUGGCAUCUUGGUCAUCGGUGACGGUGCGAAGAUCCUAGGCCCCACUGAACACGGACAAGAAAUCUUGACCUUGACCUUGGCGGAGUAUCUCAGACUGAAGCAUUUCGGAACCAUUCAAGUAUCACCAGCGGUAACUACUGACCAUCCUGACCUUAAAAUGUCUAUCGGUCUCGAUGUAGUCGCGGGUCUCUUGUACGUUCCUCUGUCGAGUGGAGGCAAGGAUUUCAUUGCGAUCCUACGAAAAGGACAACCGCGCGAUGUUCAUUGGGCUGGGAAACCGUUCAAAGGAGACGGAUCAAACGCAAUGUUAGAUCCAAGAAAAUCUUUCAAGAUUUGGUCAGAGACUGUCGCUGGAAGAUGUAGAGCAUGGACGGAUGAACAGCUAGAGACCGCGGGUGUGCUAGCCUUGAAAUUCAUCGAGGUGUGGAGGCAGAAGGAGAGCGCGUUGCAGACCACUAGGGUGACAAACUUGCUGUUGUCGAAUGCUUUACACGAAGGAAGUGAUCUCACGAGACUGGAAAGCGGCUACGAGACAUCUUUCAACGAGCCCUUCGAUUUACCUGCAGUCGUCGAGGAGGCGAUCAGUUGUCCCAAAGAAGUUGUCGGUAACGCUAGGAAGAUUCAAGCUGUGGUCCAGAACCUCACGGCAAACGCUUGUAUUCCAAUCUUCACACGCUUCUCUCAUUUUGGUGCGGCAAUUAAAUACCCAACAGAAGGGUCCAUCACAGUAUGCUGUGUACCUCUGCAAGAACCUGUCGGCCUGCGCAACUCCCAACAGACGGCAGUGAAGAUUGUGGUAGCCGAUACAGGAGUGGCAUACAGCAAGAACGGCUUGAAAGCAUAUUUCGGAUUCGAACAAGUGGAGUCAUAUGAACCCAAGACUAGCACAGAUGCUGGCGGCUGGGUCUGGGCAGUAGUCGCCCGUAUCGUUGAACAGCUGGGCGGACAGCUUCGUGUAGAUUCUCGGGUCGAACAAGGCAGCCGUUUCUUCAUCCUCAUCCCGCUUUCUCUUCCCACAGAAGGAGAGGAUCUCAUGUCGAGUUCUUCUCCAGCAUCUUCUUCCGAUUCGUAUUCGUUCCCCCCCUCCCAGCAUUAA